AUGGGGCUGAUUCUGGAUGGCCUCGUAGAGAUCCUGCAGAAGCCGACGGCCGUGAGCACGGUGUCGGGGCUGAUGUUCCUCUUCACCCCCCUCACGCUGGCGGUCUUCGUGGGUCUGUUGAUAGGCUGGGCGUGGCGGCCAAGGUGGGCCGCCUCCUUGGCCAGCGGCAAUGAGGAGAAUUCCCGGGGCGUCGGUCCUCAGUUGCCAUCUUCUUCCCCGGAAGCGACGGACAUUUCAGUGCUGGGGUUGGGGCUCCCGAGCUUCAACGCGUUGAAGGUUCAGCUUCCGAGCUGCAUCACUACUUUGAUUUACGAUCAGAGCACUUACAAAGCAAUGGACGAACAUCCCGCAAGGUAUACUCAUACCUUGCGGUCUUUCUCUCGUUUUCUCUCCCGCAAGGUAUGCUAAUUCAUGUGGUAUGUGAAUUGCGCUUGACUCCAGCCCCCCUGAGAAGGGAGCCGAGGGAUUAUCUGUGACAACGGGGGAUUUGGACUACCUCUCCCAGCUUGUCGAGGUUACUGAUGGGGGGCCGGGAUGGCGGCAGAUGAUGGACAGAUCUCUGCCGAACAUGUACUACCAAGCUUGGCAGAGGGACCCCGAGGUGUGUGCGACCCUUCUCAUCCAAUCAUUCCUCAAGGAAAUCUCUCGAGUGGAACUGCCAAAUGACCUAUGUUUCUUUAAUAAGCCCGAUUUUUUUCUAGCAUAGUACUCACCAUUGACGACUUUCAGACUCCAGUCCAUUUGAUUGGGAUCUUUUCUUCGUUGGGCGUCAUGGUUUGAACAAACCACUCACUGAUGGUUUAUUUUCUCGUUUGCAGACUGGUCCCCCGCAGUAUCGUAGCAGGACAAUCUAUGAGGACGCAACACCGGAGGCACUGAGGGAUUUUUUCUGGGAUGAUGAGUUCCGUAUGGAGGCCAAGUGGGAUGACAUGCUCAUCUACCACAAGACACUGGAAGAAUGCCAGAAGACAGGAACGAUGGUCGUCCAUUGGGUUAGGAAGGUGGGUUUUCUCGAGACCUGCUGGUUUUUUCUGUUUAGUGAUACGACGUUCUGGCCUGGUUGUGCUUACAUCCUCUACUCUUGUGGCCAGUUUCCGUUCUUCUGUAGCAAUCGUGAGUAUAUAAUUGGCCGCCGGAUCUGGGAGUCCGAUGGAGCGUAUUACUGUGUGACCAAGGUAUGGACAGAUGCUCACAAUUUUAGAAUUGGCCAGGUUCUCUUUCAUGCAUGCUUUAUUUGCACCAAAGAAGGAUUUUUUUUCAAGAGGACAUUCCUUUCUUGCCUUCUAAAAUACUUUCACCAGAAGAUAUUGCAAUCAGAGAUGAGAUUUAUUUUUUUUGUAUAUUAUUGUCUCCCUAUUGUAUCUCUCAACAAGGGAAGAAACCCUUCGCUCUUUAUGCUGUAAUUCAGGAAAAUAUUCCCUUUUCGAGAUCAAAAGCCUAAAUCAUAUAAAUCAUAAUCAGCAAAAGUUAUUAUGAGUGACAAUGCCUGUUAAAGAGAAAGUUUUGAGAGUUCUCUUUAGAGAAAAAUGAAAGUGAGUCAAACCCAAGGUUGAGGGAAAAACUUCUCAUGAUCUUAUGAGCCCAUAAGAAAUAGAAGAGGAAGGCUAUCAGGAUAUCAUUAUCUUCGGCAUGAUAUCCAAAUUUUCCCAGUCAAGAUUUUCUUGGGCCAGAUCAGAGGUGGGUGAUGAUCUUUUCCAUUUUCUUGGUUUUGAGCCUUGAACUAACCACACAGCCUUGUGAAAGCCGUCCGAUGUGAAUGAGAAUAACGUUGUUGUUGAUUUCGCCGGAGUCCAGAUAUGAUUCGGGGAAAAAAAAUUAUAUCGUUGAAAAAAAACCCAUUUCUUCUUUUGCUUAGGGGAUAAUCAUGGGCCAUGCGUUGCCUGAGGGAUGCUUGAGAUUUAGCAAUAAUCAUAGGGUAGAUGUCUUUUCCGGGGGAUUUGAUGGGUCGCAGAAUUUGGAAGGGAGACCUAAUGAAUUGGCUAGCUUUUUGGGCGGCUAACAUCAAAUCCUUAAUGUGAUCUUUCUCUCUUUUGCUAAUGAUUGCAUGAUCUUGUCCACAAUUGAAAGAAAUACUCAGUCAGCCAUCAUACGACAACCCUUCCCCAUAAAAUCGCAUGAUCCGGUGAUGAACAUUUAAUCUCCUGAAGUAAUAUCUUUGUCAAAUAUCUGUCAACGGCCUGUUCUUAAGAUUUCCCUCCUGCAUUGAUCACCGAUCCCUUCUUAUUUCCUUCCCUGAUGGAGCCUGCAAUCUCUUUGCCCGUUGCUGUCUCAGGGUGUACCUUACCCAUCAAUACCCAGAAGAAACAAACCCAGGCGCGUGGAUCUGUAUUACUCAAGCUGGUGCAUUCGCGCAGGUAAACUACAAUCUUCGACUCUCGUCCGUCAUUUUUUCUUCUCCAUUUUCUUCUUCUCUGGAACCCCACAUCGGAACCCCCGGCCGGUGUCGGCCGAUUCUCCCUGUAUACCGAAAACUCUUGUUAUUAGUUGAUUGAGGUGACCCGGAAGUCUCAUGCUGGUGGUGCAUGGCUCAUCCUAAUGCAGCGGAGUCGAGAAGGGACGGGCAGCGGACGGCGUGCGAGGUGCUGCUGUUCCACUACGAGGACAUGGGGAUCCCCUGGGAGAUCGCCAAACUGGGCGUGCGGCAGGGGAUGUGGGGCUGCGUCAAGAAGAUCGAGCCUGGCCUGCGGGCGUACCAGGCGGCGGGGCGGGCCGGCAGGUCGCCAUCGCCCUCUUCGGCCAUGGCCAAGAUAAACACGAGGGUCAGUGCCAAUUACUUGAGAUCGUUGGAGGCGGGGGAUGGCUCCGCAGAGAUGGAGGAGCCCACCAAGAAGGGGAGGAGCAUUCCCAAGUUCCUCGUUGUCGGAGGGGCCGUGGUCCUCGCCUGCACCCUCGACCGGGGCCUCCUCACCAAGGCGCUUAUCUUCGGAGUCGCCCGCCGGGUCGCCAAGAUUGCUAGAUGA